AUGAAAGUCUUUUUAAUCAAGAAGUUUAUUCUAUUUGCUUUAGCUACAGUGGUCUUUCUAACAUCGAACAGCAUGUGCCUAGCUGAACUGAUGAAGUCCAAUCUGCAGAGCAGAGAAGACUAUGAUGACAAAUAUUAUGAGUUUAAAGAUAAUAUCCUGGAAGAAAAGCAGAGAAGUCUCAAUUUUGAAGAAAUGAAAGACUGGGGAUCAAAAAAUAUCAUUAAAAUGAACACUCCUGCAGUAAACAAGGUGCCAAAUUCAGUUGCUAAUUUACCUCUUAGGUUUGGAAGAAAUGAUCCAGAAGAAAGAAGCAUCAAGCCAAUUGCUCAUUUGCCUCUGAGAUUUGGGAGAGCUUUUGGAGAGAGUCUAUCUAGACGUGCCCCAAAUUUAUCAUACAGGUUUGGGAGAUCUCCAUUUGUUAAAGGUUCCAUUCAAUCACUUCUAAAUUUGCCACAGAGAUUUGGGAAGUCACUCUCCGUCAAUCUGUCUCAAGAUGUACAGGAAUCUGAACCAGGUAACACUAUGGAUAUGAAUUUUAACAACUAAGUUAAAAUUGGAAUCAAAUGAUGAAGACUAAAACUGAAAGACUUGGGAAAAAUGCAAUCUGUACUCAAGCCUAAAAGUCAUGAGAAUGAAACAUACACGAGAAUUUAAAUGCAAACUUGUCUUCAUAUUAUGAAUAAUACUGUAUUUAUUCUGUACAAACCCUUGAUGUGCAAGGCAAUGAUAACUAUAGUGAUUGUUGUACUAGUUUACUUCAGUGGCGAUAGUAUAUGAAUUCUAAUUUCUUCUGUAUAACUGAUGUCCUGUUGGUUGUAAAAACUGUUUUCAGAAGAACAGCUGUGUAGUUGAAGCAUUCAAUUUAAUGCUUCUUUUAAGCAAAAUUACAAGAAGCAUAGUGUAAGUAAAGAGGCAUGGUGUGAAUAAAGAGAAUCCCACUGUCUGAAUAACAAACAGAAGCAGGACUGAAAC